AUGGCCAGUUCCCAGCUCACGCUGCUCAAUGACGAAUGUGCACGUGCACGUGCCGUCUUUCCAUUAGACUCUCAAUGUUGCUGCUGGAAGGGCUCUCAGGCCAUCGUUCAUGGGCACUGGCUGGGAACUGCCAUUGGAAAGAUUCGCACUCAGAUGGCUGAGACAGAAGAGAUUAGAACACCUCUUCAGCAGAAACUGGAUGAAUUUGGUGAACAGCUUUCCAAAGUCAUUUCUGUCAUUUGUGUUGCUGUUUGGGCCAUCAACAUUGGGCACUUCAGUGAUCCCGUUCAUGGUGGUUCUUGGUUCAAGGGAGCUAUUUAUUACUUCAAGAUUGCUGUUGCUCUGGCUGUAGCUGCCAUCCCUGAAGGUCUCCCUGCUGUCAUCACCACUUGCCUUGCCCUUGGCACUCGCCGCAUGGCCAGAAAAAUAAGGUCGUCUUUGCCUUCGGUUGAGACUCUAGGUUGUACCUCUGUUAUCUGCUCAGACAAGACUGGCACACUCACCACCAACCAGAUGUCUGUCUCUCGCAUGUUCAUUAUGGAUAAGGUUGAGGGUAAUGACUGCUCUCUUCUGGAAUUCGAGAUCACUGGCUCCACCUAUGAGCCCAUUGGUGAGAUUCGUCUCAAUGGUGCUAAGGUUGCAGGAUCAGAUUUUAUUGGAUUGCAAGAACUCUCGACCAUCUCGGUAAUGUGCAAUGAUUCUUCGGUGGACUACAAUGAGUUCAAGAAUCAGUUUGAAAAGGUUGGAGAAGCAACAGAGACUGCACUCAUUGUCCUGGCUGAGAAAAUCAACCCAUUUAAUCAGUCCAAGUUUGGCCUAGAUCGGCGUACUGCUGCUCUUGUAACAAAGCGUGACAUGGAGACACGUUGGAAGAAGGAUUUCACUCUUGAGUUCUCACGUGAUCGCAAGUCCAUGUCAACGUAUUGCACUCCCCUCCAGUCUUCUAAUAUGGGCACAGGAUCCAAGAUGUUCUGCAAGGGAGCUCCUGAGGGUGUGCUGGACCGUUGUGCUUUUGUACGUGUUGGAACACAGAAAGUUCCUCUCACUGCAGCCGUAAAGGAUAAGAUCAUGUCUGUCAUUCGUCAGUAUGGCAGUGGUCGGGACACACUCCGUUGCUUAGGUCUUGCCACCAUAGACAAUCCCCCAAUGCCAGAGCAGAUGAACUUGGCUGACUCGACCAAGUUCCAUUCGUAUGAAGUCAGCAUGACCUUUGUUGGUGUGGUUGGAAUGCUUGAUCCUCCCCGAAAAGAAGUCCGUGAUUCUGUAAAAAGAUGCCGAGCAGCUGGCAUUCGUGUUAUUGUCAUCACUGGAGACAAUAAGGCCACUGCUGAGGCCAUUUGCCGUCGCAUCGGAGUGUUUGAGGAGGAUGAGGAUCUAACAGGUCUGUCUUACUCUGGACGUGAAUUUGAUGAACUUAGUCCCAAGGAGCAGAGGGAAGCUUGCAAUCGUGCCCGGCUGUUCUCUCGUGUUGAGCCUUUCCACAAGUCAAAGAUUGUUGAAUACUUGCAGGCUGAAGGUGAGAUCUCUGCCAUGACUGGUGAUGGUGUGAAUGAUGCUCCUGCUCUGAAGAAGGCUGAGAUUGGUAUUGCCAUGGGUUCAGGCACUGCUGUAGCCAAGUCUGCUUCUGAGAUGGUGCUUGCUGAUGACAACUUCUCUUCCAUUGUGGCUGCUGUUGAGGAAGGCCGUGCCAUCUACAAUAACAUGAAGCAGUUCAUCCGUUACCUCAUUUCCUCCAACAUUGGUGAAGUGGUGUCCAUCUUCUUGACUGCUGCUCUUGGUCUCCCUGAAGCUCUCAUUCCUGUCCAGCUCUUGUGGGUCAACCUGGUUACUGAUGGUCCACCUGCCACUGCUCUGGGCUUCAACCCCCCUGACCUUGACAUCAUGGACAAACCCCCACGCAAGGCUGACGAGUCUCUCAUCUCUGGCUGGCUCUUCUUCCGCUACAUGGCCAUUGGAUGUUAUGUUGGUGCCGCUACAGUUUUUGCUGCCUCUUGGUGGUACAUGUAUGACCCCACUGGCCCUCAACUCAACUACUACCAGCUAUCUCACCAUCUCUCCUGUACAACAGAUAUGGAAAACUUUAAAGAUAUAGACUGCACUGUCUUCAGCCACCCAGCACCCAUGACAAUGGCCCUAUCUGUGUUGGUUACUAUUGAGAUGCUCAAUGCUCUAAACAGUGUAUCGGAGAACCAGUCCCUCUUGGUAAUGCCGCCUUGGGUCAACAUCUGGCUCCUGCUGGCCAUGGCUCUCUCCAUGAUCCUCCACUUCUUCAUUCUCUACAUCAACUUCCUUUCGACUGUGUUUAAUGUUAUGCCACUCUCUGUAGCGCAAUGGAUUGCAGUGAUGGAUAUAUCCUUCCCUGUAAUUAUAUUGGAUGAAACCUUCAAGUUCUUUGCCCGCAAGUUAGCCGAUGGUGAAAAUCCCAUAUACUCCUGUCACUGGAUUGUCUUGGCAUGGGGACUGUACUUGGCAUACAUUAAGCAAUACUUCUUGUAACGUAGGUAAUCCCUUAAUGGAAAAUUAGAUUGUCACAUUCUAUUUGGUGUGAGGGGUUGAUGAAAGGGAGACAGCUCGAGCUGACGAUGCACUUGUGGUGCUCUUUUGUAAGGGAGGGCUGUAAAGGGUCUACAAUAUACAUGGUUGUUGUGGUCGCAAAACCCCAGCAGUCCUAAAGUUUCACCUGAAUGGCAGGUUAGGUUUGGCUGGGAGGGUUUUCAAGAUAUCUUUGAAGCUGAGAUUACAGUUCUCCCGUAACUUUUUCCUUGCAAGUCAGCUGCAGUCAGACUAUCAAUAUAACUAUAACUGAAGUCUAGAUAAUGGAUUCCAGACAACUGUUGAGGCAGAACUCCUUUGAAUAUUUGAGAUUACGAGAUACUGAUUGUCAUGUUAAUGAUUUUAUGGUUGGGGGCCUCGGUGUCUUGUGAAGGAUGUAGUUUUUCCCAGGGACUGUCUGGAGCAGGAUAAAAUUGAAGGAAAGCAACAAUUCCUCCAAUGGAUUCCAGCGCACGGAUUACUGUGCUGAUGACUGAAGUAACUCAGUGACCAUAUCAGUCAAAAUGCGCAAUGGGUCAUGUUCCUCAAACUGAGUCUGAUGUUUUCACCUGUACAGUGUUUGUGUGGCGUUCUUUCGCCCAAGAUAACAGGCUGGGAUAAACUAAAGGGGUCUUUAACUUAUCAUCCAAAAGAUGUGCAUGGAUGUAUGUGUGCAGUUAAUGUAUCAUAUUUUAAGUUGAAUGUAUAUUUUUAUCAGUUAAAUGAUAAAUUUUGUUGGGGGGGGGAAGAAAUGUGUCUUCAUAGUGUAUCUACAAAAAAUACUUUUUCUAAUAAAACCUGUAAUUUUUAAGGGAAAAAUAGCAACAGUACAUAGUGGGCAAUAUUUAGCUAGCAUUAGCUAGAACUUACUUAACUGAUUUAGGUAGAAGUGAUGACAGUGCUGGGUGAGUAUUGGCCUCUGUGCAUUUUUGUUUUUAGUGAACUCAAUUAUCAUGGCACAUAGUGUCUUUCCAGUAUAUUUUAAGGGAACGCUGGGAGCAAUCUUGUGAUGCGGGUUGUGUCAUUAUUAUUUUUGUUAUGAUUUUGUAUCAUUUUUGGGGGGGAGUAUUGUUUUGAUAUGAUGAUCAUUUUUCCCAACUUAAUAUGCCAAAGUCAUUAGCAUAUUUCCAUCACAUGGGUGCAAAAAUUUACUUUUAGCCUGGAGAACAUAGAAUAUGUUAAUGAGUAUCGUAGUAAGACCUUUGAUAUUAUUUUCAUUAUGAUUAUUAUUUGCCUUUUGACAUUAUGUUACUUUUGUAAAGAAUAUCUCUGCCUCUCUUCUCAGAAUCAUUACUGAAUAGUAGUUCAAAAACAUGUAUAUUGCUCUCAGUCAUUUUGUAGGAUUCAGAGUAAACUUUCCUUUUUCAUAUAGCUUAUAUUUCUACAUAUUUAUUUCAGAAUAUUUUCACCAAUUUUUUAAGUUGAUAAGGGACGUAUUAGGACUUUAUAUAUGUUCUAUUGUCUUAUAUUUUCAUAAAAGUAGACGUUAUUGCUACAGGACUGUGAGAGUGAGAGCUUGACCGUAUACACACAACUCGAUUGAUGAUAGAAAGGUGCUGAGGGACUUUCAUCCAGUAGAAGAUAAAAGGCUUUAGUUUUUGUAGUUAUGAACACAAAAGUAAGUCAAUAAAGAAAGAGAGAAGGCAUUGAAGUGGCAGUGGAGAUCAAAAUGUCAUGUUCUUAGGACCUUGUAGUGAAUUUGUACUUGCAUCAGAACUAAUAUUGUACA